UUCACAGUUCUUAAAAGAAUGAGUCAUGCAGACUCAUGAAUAAAACACAUUUUUUAUACGGUUAAUGAUGUUGAAUUAACUGUCACUUUUCUUUACUCCCUCGAGAAAUCUAAGGACCUCAACCGAACUCUCUGCUUCCCUCCGCAGCUGCUGCCGUACCUGCAGGCAAACCUGACGGGCUUCAAGAAAUUGGAGAUUCUCAACUUCAGGAAGGGCAGCGUUGUUGUCAACAGCAAGAUGAAAUUCACCAAGUCUGUGCCGUACAACAUCACAGAGGCUGUCCACUGUGUGCUCCAGGAGUUCUGCUUGUCUGCUGCCGAGAAGCUGCACAUCCAGAUAGACACCCGGUCCUUGGACAUAGAACCAGCUGAUGAAGCCGAUCCCUGCAAGUUCCUGGCCUGUGACGAGUUCUCCCGCUGCUCAGUGAACCGGCGGACGAAGGAGGCAGAGUGUCACUGCCAGCCGGGGUUCCUGUCGGUGGACGGCCUUCCCUGCCAGAGCGUGUGCGUCCUCCAGCCGGACUACUGCAGAGACGGAGAGUGUCAAAUAGUGUCAGGACGAGGAGCCGUGUGCAGACUCUGAAGCAGAACAUGGAAGAAGAAACUUCUUCAAAGGCCUCGCUCACCAAAAAACAAAGAAGAAAUCUGGGAUCGGUGGUUCCAACGUGGAUUACGGAAAAAACAACAACAAAAAAGACAUUUUUGGACUUCAUACCAGAGGACGGUCUUUCCAUCUGGAGAAACCUCAAUGAAGCCGCUUCAAAAGACUGGGACGCAUCGAUCAGGUUUCUAUUGAUCCACUCCGGACCGUUUUGUACAGUUGUGUAGAUCAUAGGUUAUGUAUUCUAUCAGAAAAAGUUGAAUAGUCCUUUUAAAUGUGGAAGAGAAACAACUUUUUUUUUGUCAAUGGCCUCCGAAAAUAUAAGACAAUCUGUGAAGUUUACGUUUUGUUUUUGAAAAUAAUUUUAAACAAACUGGAAACACACGUUCCUCCAGUAAUGCUUUUGUUUAUGGGUAUUUUGAAAAUCAUAAAUUUCCCAUCGUCCUUUGGAAUUCAAACAUAGAACAUCUGUAAGUUUAGAAGGACACAAUCGUUCAAAAAAGAAAAAAGCUUUCUUGGAGUGACUGUUCAUCACCCCAUACCACUAUCCUACCUCCUACGUCUUUAGCUUCCCUGCAGUGAAGUUAAUCCAGCAUCUUUACAGACUGCACAUCACUGCCUCCUCCUCAUGGCGGUUGGACCAACGCCGUCCUCCUUCCACGUGCGACCGCUCUGACACUUUACAUUCUCACUCUGCUAUUCUAUACCUGCUUUCUUUUAAGGCUGACCAUGAACUGUUCCUCUCGUCCGACGUUUCUUCUUUUUACUCCCUCAUUCUCACUGUUUUGUGGGACGCUUUUUCAACAAACUGAUCCAAAUUUUUAACCACGUUUGCUCUAAAGGAAAUGUCCUAUGAUUUAUUUUUCAUGAAAAAGGUGACAUCAUAUCCAGCAUUUAGACAAACGAAAGAGCAUCGUGUCCGAAUUGCCUUUAAAAUCCAGGGUACUAUAUAGUCCUGCACUAUAUAGUUUUUAGUAGUUAGGGGUUAGGGAGGGAAUCCUGACAUAUAUUUAGUCCCCGAUUGAUCAAAGUUUGAUUAAAAGUUUGUCUAAAUGUGUGUAGCUACGUGUGAACGCAGAACCCUAAAACACAAGGCUCCCGGGAAGGAGUCAGAAGGGAAACACUUGUGAAGUCACAUCAUCAUCCAUGACUGUUGUUACGGUAGAUUGUUCAAAGUUGCGAUAAAAAUGUUAAGUUGCAGAGUGAGGAACAAAUCUUGGCUUUAAUUUUAGUGUUAAUAGUUGCGAUCGCAACAUCGCAUAAUCCUGGAGGGACUGACUUACGUGAAACUUUUAAAUCUGAAGGAGCUGCUGGAAUUUCCCAGGAAGGAAACGCAGCUGAAGAACACGCAGCCAGACCGCUGCACACACAGCAACCCUGCAUGAAGAAAUGUCAUCUGCUCUACAUUUUUCUAAAAACCUGUUUUUUAAUUCAGUGAACAUGUUGAGGAGUUUGAAUCGUUUUUCCAAAGGUAUUCUGAGAAUGUAUCGUGCACGAGGUGCAGAUGAUGAAAUUCACAUAAAUUAUUCUCAGUUCUCUGUAUUCAAGCAUAUUUGAUUGACUUGAGGCGUCAAAGUUCCGUCCGACACACCAGACUUUGGAGAGAAUCUCCGCUCCCUUUCAACACAAAGGCUAAAUCUUCAACCAAACUGUUGUAAUUUUUGCAUUUACAGAAUAAAACUUAACUAGAAGCACAUUUUUAGAUCCGCUUUCACUUUGCACUCCUGAACUUUUGCUCGGGUCAAGAGCCGUUUAGCAAAAUCAGCCACUUUGUAUGUUAAUAGAUUCUGUUGUUCACUUUAUGUAAAUAACAUGUCACCGUUCUCCUCUGUGUCAACUAAUGUACUCGUGUUUAUUACUGCUGCUCUGGGAGAACCAUGUUUUUCCUAAAGUGUUAAUGUGUUUCAUAAUUAUUAGUUGUACUGAAUAAUAAAAAACAAAAACCUACAGUUUCCUUUAGUGUUUAGAGAGCUAGAAGAAACGCAGAGAGGCGGCUGAAAC